AUGAGCAACAAGCAGCCAGUGAAGCUAGACGACGAGCAAAUCGCGGACCUGCGUGAAAUAUUCCGGUCGUUUGAUCGAAACAACGACGGAAGCCUAACACAGCUGGAGCUGGGGUCGCUUCUGCGCUCACUGGGGCUGAAACCAGGGCCUGAUCAGCUGGAUACCUUGAUCCAGAAGGCAGACACCAACAGCAAUGGCCUUGUCGAGUUUUCGGAGUUCGUGGCGCUCGUAGCCCCUGAGCUUCUGUCGGCCAAGUCUCCUUACACGGAGGACCAGCUGAGGCAGCUGUUUCGGAUGUUUGACCGGGACGGCAACGGAUUCAUCACAGCUGCUGAGCUGGCUCACUCCAUGGCUAAACUUGGACAUGCUCUUACGGCUGAGGAGUUGACUGGGAUGAUCAGGGAGGCUGAUACUGAUGGGGAUGGCAGGAUCGAUUUCCAGGAGUUUGCUCAUGCCAUUACUUCUGCUGCUUUUGAUAAUUCUUGGUCUUAG